AUUUCUUUACAUAUUUCUUUUUAAUUACUUAUUAUAAAUUACAGUAAUAUUAUUAAACAUUGUAAAUGGACUUAUCCAUCAAAGCUUUUGGUACUAUUGGUCGAUUUUGGAGGACCCAUGUUUUGCCGAGAGCAUGGUUAGCUAGUGUUUAACAUUGCGUAAUUCCUUGAUUAAUUUGCCACUGAGAUGCGUAUUCCUAGAGCAUUAAAUCCACGACUAAAAAAACGAAUAUGGAGAAAGUUUGGAAUAUAUGAAAUUGUAGUUCCAGAAGAAACUACACCCAGUAGAACUGUUCCUGAUAGUAUAGAAUUUCCUGACUAUAUAUCAGGAAAACUUUUGAUUAUACCUAAAUCACCUGAAGUUAAAGAUGCAGAACAGCUUGAGGGAAUGCACCAAAGUUGCAAAAUAGCGUCAAGUAUUCUUCACAAAAUGCAAACAUUUAUAAAGCCAGGGAUAACUACAGACAAAAUUGAUGAAUUGGUCCAUAGAUUAUCAAUAGAGGCUGGCGCCUACCCAUCCCCCUUACAUUACAAGGGCUUUCCAAAGAGUGUUUGCACGUCUGUAAACAAUGUAGCUGUGCACGGCAUACCAGAUCUAAGGGCUCUACAGGAUGGUGAUAUAGCAAAUGUGGAUAUAACUGUAUAUUAUAAAGGAUAUCAUGGAGAUUGUUCAAAAACAUUUCCUGUUGGCAAUGUGGAUGAUAGAGGUUUGCAGCUUAUUGGGGUUACUGAAGAAUGUUUACAACAUGCUAUCAAACACUGCGGACCAGAUGUGCCUUUUAGAGAAAUUGGAGCAAGAAUAUACAGGCACGCCAAAAGAAACGGUCUUACAGUAUUGCCAGCAUUUGUUGGUCAUGGUAUUGGGAAGUACUUUCAUGGGCCACCAGAAAUUCAUCAUUCAAAAAAUCGUUAUCCUGGACUGAUGAAACCAGGAAUGACGUUUACGAUAGAGCCUGCUUUGUCGCAUGGCUCCGAAAACACUGUGAUACUAGAAGAUGGUUGGACCGUCAUAACCGAAGACGGAUCUCGUGCUGCUCAAGCUGAACACACGAUUCUUAUCACUGAGCAUGGAGCUGAAAUCCUUACGUAAAAUAUUUUGAGGCAGAAACAACAAAUGGGCAAUCAAAGUCGUAAUAUUUGUUUUCGCGCUUUGAAUUGCGUAGAUUAUACAUAAAUGCAAUCCCAUGAGGCAGUAGAAUGUCCAUUAAUUAGCACACCCAUAUUUUUGUUUGUGCUGGUUAAUGGAAAAAAACGCUCGUUGUUUGUAUCGUUUACUUGAUUUGUGAGUUUAUCUUCCUAAUGGAUUUGUUGUUGAAUUUGGUUGAAAUAAAAGUACAAACAUUAGCGUGUGGUGUUUUAUUUAUAGCUUGAUAAACCUUAAAUAAAAACAUGUAACUUGGUACAUUAAAAGCACAAGCCCAAAUAUUUAUCACUUAUAGUUGUCAGUCAAUAGAUAAUUUUAAAGGCGUAGAGAAUCUGUUACACAUGUGGGUAAUCAUAAAAGGACGAAGGCGUAACCAGUGGGACAUCGACGACCCCCGGCAAUCAAUAGGUACACUACACAAUCAAAUGGGUUCUACCACAUCCAUUCGCAAUAGUUUGGUCCCAUAAGUUUCCAGCUACGCCUUGGACAAGGUGCUACAAGGGUGUUAAACAACCUUAAAAUAUUAUGUAAGACUAGAUCUUAGAUCUGUAACGAAUAAAAUUACUUAUUAAAUAGUUUCAACAGCAACAAAUAUUUAAUUAUAACAAAGCAAUAUUAUAGGUUGAGACUUGAGAUCUGUUUAUUAGACUGAACCUAAAAUAUUUUAUUGACUAGUAAUUCCAUCAGGGACAUGUUAAAAGUAAGUAGAACACAAUCGAGAACACAGACAAUAAAUGCAUGUUCUUGUAAAAAAAUAUAACAUUUACUUAAAUGCUCUUAAAUGGCUUAGAAAAAUGUUACAUCAUACAUAAUAUUAUUUAUUUGUGCUAUAUUAUUAAAAGCUAUUAUUCCUUAUCUAUUAGGUAAUUGGAUUUAGUUAAGUAGGGUAUUAUCGGUAAGAUAGGUAGAAUAAAAAGUUUAACUUAUUUAUUUUUAUAAAAUACCUAAAAGGUAACUAAUUUUAUAAUAUAGGCAUUAUUUUAAUAAUUUAUAAUGUAAUUAUGAGCAAUAUAUUGGCAAAUAACUUUUCACAACAACAAUUAAAAAGGAGUAGAGCAAGGGAAUAUUGUUUUAACUCCAUAACCAGUAUAGAGAAAAUAUUUUUAAUUUGUUUUAAACUUUAUAUCAUUUACAUAAAGUUCAAAAUACCACCAGUAUACUGCAUCACACAACAAUGAUAUAAUUAUUGGGGCCUUCAUAAAACUACACUUCAUAGAACCAUAAGCGCACUUGCCCAAAAUAGUUCUUAUUUUAAUUUUUUCUUAAUAAUAAUAAACUCUUAAAUA